CACCCCAAGCUGCGGCACACCAAAUCCAUCCCCCGAAUCCCCCAAGUCCACAUCCACACUCGCCAGUCGUCACCUCCUCCUCCUCCCCCCUCCGCUCGCCGCCGAUGGAUCCGGCCGCCGCCGCGCGGGGGCAGGCGGAGCAGUGGAUGCGGGUGGCGGAGAAGCUCCUGGUGGCGCGCGACCUGGAGGGAUGCAAGGAGUUCGUCUCCCAGGCGCUCGGCACCGACCCCCACGUCCCGGGCGCCAACGACCUCCUCGCCGCCGCCGACGUCCUCCUCGCCGCGCAGCGCCGCCGCAUCCCCAACGGUCAUCCAGAUCCCUACGCCGUCCUCGGCCUCGAUCCCUCCACCCCGGCCUCCCGCCGCCCCGACGCCAUCCACGCGCAGUACCGUCGCCUCUCCUUCCUCCUCAAUCGCUCCCACCCCGACCGCCCUUGCUCGCUCUCCUUCGCCGAGGCCGCCCGCCUCGUGGCCGAUUCAUGGGCCUUCCUCUCCGAUCCGAUACUUAAAUCCGCCCUGGAUGCUGAACUCGACGCCGCCGCCGCCGCAGCCGCGGCGGCGGCAGCUCGCGCGUACCAUCCUCCAGCUCCGAUGCAACAGCCGCAGCCGCAGCCUCCGCCACAGCCAACUCCACCGAGGGCGGCUCCCCUGCCAACUCCACCAAGGGCGCCUCCCCAAUCAACUCCACCGAGAGCAGCGCCCCAGUCAACUCCACCGCAGCGGGUGGCUCCACAGCCACCCGCCACUGCAGCGGCGCCGCCGAUUGAGCCUGUCGCGCCGCCUUCGCCCACGUUCUGGACAGUGUGCAUGUCCUGCUGCCACAUUCACCAGUACGACCGCCUCUAUGAGGCGCGGAAGGUGUUGUGCCCUAGCUGCCGCCAGCCAUUUGUAGCCGAGGAAAUGGCGGAGCCACCACCCAUUGUGCCGGGUACUGACAUGUACUACUGCACCUGGGGGUUCUUCCCUGUUGGUUUUCCUGGCUGUCCUGGCUUCGAGAAACUGAUCAGUUCGCAGCAGCAUGGAACAGAUCAGCCGAAUACACCUUGGCUUGGAACCACUGGUGGUGCGGAAGCUGAUGGUGUGGCUGGUGCUGAGAAUGGGGCGCCGGUUAGUGCUGCCGUGGAGGUGCAAUCUGUGCCGAAACCAGCGAAACCCGUGAGAGUGAAGGUGGGCGCGAAGAAGCGAGGCCGUCCCAAAGGCAGCAAGAACAAGAAGAAUUUGUGAAUGAUACCAAUGAAGGUGAUUGGUUGAAUGCUAAUUCGUGGUUGACAGGAUCCUACAUUGAGAAGCACUGCAAUGGUGAUAGAAACUUAGUUUUUCAGGCAGUCUUGCUCAGUUGCUGGGUUGUACUACCUUGCUGCUCUCAUGCUUUAGAUGCAGUUAGCUGCUGUAUGUUGUCUAAUUUCAUUGACUUCAGUUGAGCUAGCUGUUCUGAUCUAAGAUUAUUAGGAGAUAGCGAUUUUAGUACCGUGCAUUGUAAAUUUUGAAAUUUGAUGCUACUAUAAGCUCUUCUCUGCAUAGGAUUGCAGACUUGCAGCAAUGAAUGAGAGUUUUAUUUUCCCAGUCAUUUAUGCUCAGGCUAA